GUGACCCGGAAGUGCAGCGGAAGCGGCGGGAGCGGGAGCGCGGCAGCCAUGAGUCUCCUGAACAAGCCCAAGAGCGAGAUGACGCCCGAGGAGCUGCAGAAGCGCGAGGAGGAGGAGUUCAACACGGGCCCGCUGUCGGUGCUGACGCAGAGCGUGAAGAACAACACGCAGGUGCUCAUCAACUGCCGCAACAACAAGAAACUGCUGGGGCGCGUCAAGGCCUUCGACAGGCACUGUAACAUGGUGCUGGAGAACGUCAAGGAGAUGUGGACGGAGGUGCCCAAGAGCGGCAAAGGGAAGAAGAAAUCCAAACCCGUCAACAAGGACCGGUACAUCUCCAAGAUGUUCCUGCGCGGAGACUCCGUCAUCGUGGUGCUCCGGAACCCCCUGAUCGCGGGAAAAUAGGGAAUUCCCGAUGGGAAUCAUCCAUGGAACCUUCCGGAACGUCCCAGAACAUCCCAGAACAUCCCAGAACAUCCCAGGACAUCCCAGGCUCCGUCAUCGUGGUGCUCCGGAACCCCCUGAUCGCGGGAAAAUAGGGAAUUCCCGAUCGGAAUCAUCCAUGGAACCUUCUGGAACGUCCCAGAACAUCCCAGAACAUCCCAGAACCUUCCGGAACAUCCCAGAACAUCCCAGAACCUUCUGGAACAUCCCAGGCUCCGUCACCGUGGUGCUCCGGAACCCCCUGAUCGCGGGAAAAUAGGGAAUUCCUGAUCGGAAUCAUCCAUGGAACCUUCUGGAACGUCCCAGAACAUCCCAGAACCUCCCAGGACAUCCCAGAACCUCCCGGAACAUCCCAGAACCUUCCGGAACAUCCCAGAACAUCCCAGAACAUCCCAGAACAUCCCAGAACCUUCUGGAACAUCCCAGAACCUUCCGGAACAUC